AUGGAAAAUAUUCUCUUAUUUAGGAGAAUGAUGUCAUGUUGGAAGGACAAGAAGAAUAAAUCAUAAGGAACAUUCCUGAAGAUGAGAAUAAAAGAAGUGGGUUUGAAAAUAUACAUAAAUGGAAUUAGGGCAAAAUACUCUAUGAUGGGGGCUCAAUUGAAAAUCACUCCGAAAAUAUUGAUUACGAAACAAGCAGAGGGAAUGAGAUUUCCAGGAUGCUAAGAUUUUAUCAGAAAUCACCCUAUGUUAUAUACCAUCCUUAAUUAUAUAAUAUCAAGUAAUAUUUUUUCAUAACCUUCCUUUUUAAUUCUGACUAAUCAAUUAGAAAACUUGAGUACUUGUUACCAGGAUUUGACAAAAAACUCCAUAUAGUUAAUCACAUAAGACUGGUCAACUUACUUUAGCAUAGCAAGAGGAAGGAGGAAUUAUUAACACCUAAUUGAAGAAACCAAGUCAACUGAAAGAUAGAGAAUAGGUGAAGUAUUUAAAGCUUUGCAAGGAUCAAAUGAACAACAAAAGCCAAACGAGCCUAUAUUGGAGUAAGGAUGUAAGAUCAAGACUCAGCUAGGAGCCUGGUACAAUUGUCGAGAACAAAGGAUAGACUAGCAGAAUAAUUUAGUCAUUAGACGAAGAGUGGCCGAGAAAAAGAAUUACUAGAAGUAGAACACAUUGAAAACUUUCUGGAACCUACUUCAUGCUAUUAGAAAUUUCACAUAAGUACAUCGAUUUUGUGCCAAAAUAACUAUUUCUGAAAGGGCUUAAAGAUUUUGUCUCAAAAUAUCUAGAUUAUAUACAUAGGGUGGUUAUAAGGCUAGAAGGAUAGAUAUGGCAGAGAUUGGAAAAGGAAUUAUAUAAACUAUGAUUUUAAGGAAAUACCUAACUAUGACUUUACUUUUAUAGUGGAUCAUAUAUUAAAGGCCUUCCAUCCUUUUGUGAUAUUGUUUACAUGGGAUUUGAAU